AUGAACACCACAACUGAAGAUGAUGUCACCCUCAUCCUCGACCCACAUGAAAAAGUGCCAGCUGGUUACACUGUCGAUACUGAGCAAGUUCGGCAUGUCAUUGACACCAUUAUGCUCAUUAUUGUUCUAGUCGUCUUAUUUUUCCUUAUUCUACACUUUUUCAUUCGUCUUCAUUACAAGGCGAAAACGGAAUACGAGCUCAACGAGCUUCGCCACAUGUUUCACAACUCGAAUAAAGGACCUUCGCCAUUCGCAGUGCCUCGAUUUGAUCCUUCAAAGAAGGUUGAAGAAGUGCCGCCAAUCCAAUACGCCAUUCAAAUGACACCCGAGCAAUUCGAGCCCGUCCUUCAUCAUAUUGCCCUUGGAAAUCCUCCGAACACUCGAGAGGUCAACAAGGCUGUUAAAUUUGUUGCCGCCUAA